AACACCCUAAAAAUAGAGAAAGAUGACCUAAGUUUUUAUCAUAUUACAUAGUGCACAAAUAAGUCUUAUGUGUCACUAUUGUUAAUUUCAAAGGCCAAGUUCUUCUAAUCAUGGGUUCUUUGACAGCUCCGGCGGCCACUCUUCCAACGAUCGAAAUUCCCGGAGAGAAUUCCGGUCCGGGCUCACCGGCAUGGUCAUCGACAGCCGAAGCCGUGGUGGCCGCCCUAGAGCAAUACGGAUGCUUUCUUGCAAACUUAUCUAAUUUCUCAUCGAAAGUGCAUUCUGCUAUAUUUCACGCCUCUGAAGAAUUAUUCAGUCUCCCGACUCAUGUAAAAACCCUCAACGUUUUGCCGACACCCUCUCAUGGAUAUGUCGGGCAAAUUCCCGUUGUCCCUCUCUACGAGGCUUUGGGGAUCGAGAAUCCAACGAAUCAUCAAGAUGUUAAGAAGUUCAUCGAUCUCCUAUGGCCUUCCGGAAAUGACCAUUUUGGUGAGGCAGCUUUAAAAUUCUCGAGGGCGAUGGUGCCGCUCGAUCAAGUGGUGAUGAGAAUGUUGGCCGAUAAAUAUGGAGUCGAGGAAAGCUACAAAACAUUGAAAGGGGCGACGUAUUACCUUCUCCGGUUUAUCAAAUAUUUGGCGCCCAGGGACAAGGAAGAGGACGAGAUAGGGAUCAUUCCUCACACCGACAAGAGCUUCUUGUCGAUUCUUCAUCAAAGACAAGUCAAGGGGUUGGAAGUUAGGACAAAAGACGGGGAAUGGAUAGGAGUUGACCCUGGCUCACCUUCGACAUUUGUUGUCAUGGCCGGGGAUGCAAUUAUGGGAUGGAGCAACGGUCGAAUAGAGUCUUGUUGUCAUAGAGUGAUAAUGAGAGGUAGCGAAGAGCGAUAUUCGCUCGGGUUCUUUACGUUCAUAAAGGACGUGAAAAUACACGUGCCGGAGGAGCUGAUCGAUGCCGAUCAUCCGUUGCAGUUCAAGCCCUUCGACAACUUCGAAUUAAUCCAUUUUUAUUACACUGAAGAAGGAAAGAAAUCCAAGUGUCCGAUUAGGGCUUUUUGUGGUGUUUAAGGUUCCUACUUCAUUUGUGAUAUAUAUAUAUAUGGCAUGAUCAAUGUAUGUUGUUAUUUCAUGUAAUUUUAGUACGUCGCGUAAUAAUAUGUUUUAAAAUAUAUGUGACUUGUUUGCCACACAUAUUUUAUCUAGUG